GCUCUCAAUCGACACCAUGGCAGACAUAGACCUAGCAACCAGCCCUUACGUUCUUCAAGACAAAUCCGAAAUCGACAAGGAAGAUUUAGAUGGAGAGUUGAAAAUUAUAGGAACGGACUACACGUACACCCACAGGAUAUUAUGGCCGAUUGUGCUAGUUAUCGCUGUGUUACACAUCGGAGCGAUUACUGGAUUAGGGCUGGUCCUUGGAGGAUAUGUGAAGGUCGCUUCGAUACUAUGGGCCGUUUUCUUGUCGUUGGUGGCGACUGAAGGGGCGCACAUGGGGGCCCACCGCUGCUUCAGCCACAGAGCCUUCAAAGCAAAGCCGUUGCUGAAAGUAAUUUUGCUGAUCAUGCAAACCAUUUCAGGACAGUACUCAAUGUACAUCUGGUGCCGCGACCACCGCUUGCACCACCGUUACUCAGACACCGACGGAGACCCUCUCAACUCAAAAAGAGGCCUAUUCUACUGCCAUCUGGGAUGGAUGAUGACCAGCAGACACCCGCUCUCCAAGGAGCUGAGAAAAACCAUCGACUUGAGCGACCUGCAGCAGGAUCAAUUGGUGAUGUUCCAGUAUAGACACUUCCGACCGCUAUACUUUUUCUUGGGUUUUCUCCUGCCCAUCUGGGUGCCGAUGCAUUUCUUUCAAGAGACGUUCACGAAUGCAGUGUUUGUGUGUUUCUUCCUGCGUUACGUGUACACAAUGCACGUUACGGCCUGUAUCAAUAGCCUGGCUCAUAAGUUCGGUACUAGGCCCUAUGAUAAAACAAUCCAACCGGUUGAGUCCUGGUUCGUAUCUCUACUGAGCCUGGGCGAGGGCUGGCACAACUACCACCACGCGUACCCCUGGGACUACAAGGCGGCCGAGAUCGGGAUGCCGCUCAACCCCACCGCUAGCCUCAUCAGGCUGUGUGCUUCUCUUGGACUGGCGUACGAUCUGAAGUCUGUCGACCCUGAGACGCUAAACAAAAGGAUAAUAAACAAAGGAGACGGCACUUACGAGGUGAAGUACCUGCAGGAGCACGUCACGGCCAUCGGUCCGCUGCACCCGCUCAACCCCAGCUACCGCGGCACGUGCCCAGACCCUGAAAUCAAGCUGAAAGUCAGAAUGAAGCCCUAAGGACAAUAAUUAUACUAGUAAGAAAACUUUCAGUCCGUCAAUUAUAUUAUUAAAAAAUAUUAGACACGUAUAUUUUUGUCAAUCAAACAAGUAAUUAGAAAGUUACGUUGCGUUAAAGUUUCGCGUGACGUCAUAACGUGCUACACUUUUAACCACGCAUUGACGUCACGGGCGUCUUUUGAACUUUGGCGCGCUUUAUCUCUUUCAAUUUUCAUUAGUUUGAAAAAGCGAAAAAAACGUAUCGAGUAUUUUUUGAUAAGUUGACUGACGGACUAUUUCAAACUUUUGCUUUUUUACCCAGGAAACAUCCCUAUUCACGUAAAGUGCGGGCGCGGGCAAAGCCCAGGUGAAUUGAAAUUUUCAGCUUGAGCGUACUCUGUGUGUCUUCUAUCUAGGAUGAAAGUUCAUACUUGGAUGAUGAGCACGCUCAAGCCAAAAAUCUCGAUUCAAAAAGCGAGUCUCUACAACUUACAUUGGCUCGCGACCGCGGGUCUCUGGGAAUUAGGAGUUACAUUUCCAAUAAUAGGUAGCUAGUAAAUUAGUUGAUAAGUCAUUAGGACUUUAAAUCUAUUGUACCUAGAAAGAAACUUCAUAGUCACUUAGUCAUAGGUACUGCGUUUCCAUAUCACUCUGUCUGGUUUUGUAAGAUUUAGAUAUAGUGACCUCCCCACACAAAAGUGGGGAGGUCGAAUAGACCACUGAAAGUCGGCAACAAAACAACACACUGAAUGAAUGUUGGUUCAAUGUGAACAAAAGCUUUGGUAUGCAUGGAAAAAGUAAACUUUCUAACUAGAUGUUGUGUAGUGCUUGCUCGCUGUUAAACGAUUUUCU